UUGACUGACAAGCAAAUUCGUUUACUCUUGAAGGAAGCUGACAAAAACCAUGACCUUGUUUUAGAUCUCAAUGAAUUUUCCCAACUCGUAACAUCCGCGAAUGCACAAAAGAGUAAGCUGAGAAAAUUAAUGUAUUCUGUAGCUGAUACUAUUAUUGCAAAAACUGAUCGACCAACGAUACAUACUUACAUCGACGAAUAUAACUGCAUACCUCCACCAGUUUUUAUCUUGAGCAUAUCACUUUUACAAAUAGCUACUUUUGUAUAUUAUACGUACGGACGACCUGAAAGUUUACUCACUUACUGUGCUGGUUGUUGGGUUGACGGAAGUGUUGGGCCAUUAUUGUUUGCACCACCUCUUCGCCAUCAAGCAUGGCGAUUUAUCAGUUACCAAUUCAUCCAUCAAGGAAUGCUUCAUCUUCUGCCAAAUAUUAUAUUUCAACUACUAAUUGGCAUACCACUCGAAUUAGUUCAUAAAAUGUGGCGUGUGGCGAUCAUUUACUUAUUAGCCGUCUUUCUCGGAGCACUCCUACAGUACACGCUCGAUUCAUCAGUAUUCUUGAUUGGAUGUUCUGCUGGAGUUUAUGCUUUAAUAGGAGCACAUUUUUCCAACCUCAUCAUUAAUUGGCACGAAAUGCCCUAUAGAUUGUUUAGACUACUUACCAUCAGCACAUAUGUAGUUCUCGACAUAGCAUCAACUAUUUACCGGCGUCUUCAAUCAGAUGCAUGUGACCGUAUAUCCUAUACUGCUCAUAUUGCUGGCGCCGUUACUGGUAUACUUAUGGGCAUUAUCAUUUUACACAACCUCAAGGUCUUAUAUUGGGAACGAAUACUUAUGAUCAUUUCACUUUUUCUGUUUGCAACUAUAUUCGUAUUCCUCAUCGCAAUGGCUAUUUUCAUGAAUCCUUCUUCGAAACCAAUUUGGAAUACUGAAAACUGUAGAUAUGAAGCAAAUAUUCUGGACGUUGAUGAACUGUAUACAGAUUUCAGGGAGUACUAA